CUUACCUUUGUAAAAGUUUCACCGUCGAUAUGACAACCAGCCAAACUAUUGGAGAGCUCAACAGCGAGUUUUUUGAUUCAAUUGCCAAAUCUACAUACAGUGCAGAUUGGGUUCGAAACCUGGUGCAGCAAAUUAGCAGCUUCUUGCGCGAACAUGUCGAGUGGAUUGCGCCGCCGAAGGAAGGAGGUUGGAGAGUGCUCGACUAUGCGUGUGGUAGCGGAAUCGCUUCGAUGGCAUUGACCGCACACGCCUCUGUCCUGCGCGGGAUCGACAUCUCGGGGGGCAUGGUGGAUCAAUACAAUGCCACCGCGCUCAGUCUGAACUUGAAGCCAGAGCAGAUGCAUGGUGUUCGUGGCAACAUCCUCGAAAACGACGAGACGCUCAAUGGAUCUGAGUUUCAGCGUUUCGACGUCGCGAUCAUGUCAAUGGCACUGCAUCACGUCGAAGAUCCCGCGGCAAUGGUCAAGAAGCUCACCGAACGCCUAGUACCCGGCGGAUCGCUGGUGAUUAUCGACUGGCUGCCGCAUGGGGAAAAAGCGGGAGAACAGGGAAUGCGAUCACAUUCGCACCUGAUUUCACACUAUGGGUUCAGCGAAGCAGAGAUGCAGGACAUGUAUGCCCAGGCAGGGCUGGGAGACUUUGGGUUUCUGCUACACCCGGAGCAGUCAGAAAUACUAGGUGGAGGAAUGAACCAGCUCUUCUUCGCAAGAGGAAAGCUCCCGGUUUCAAGCGACCCAUGAGAACACUACUGAGCUAGGCUAUCGUUCCUCAAAGUGUCCUAUUCGUCCAUAGCAAUAAUCAGUUAACAUAACAUUCUA